AUGGGUUGUUCCAAGAAAGAUGAAGGUGUGAUCGUUGAAUCCGAAGCCAAGAAACGAGUGGUUUUAACUGAAAUCACAUCGUAUACUCCAUUAAAGCCGAUAUUUACAAGACAAGAAUUCAAGAAACAUGAAGAGGAAGAAGAAGAAAAUUCGAGAAGUACAACACCAAAAUCCGAGGAAUCAAGAGUAAGUAAGUUUCAUUGUCCACCGGCUCCAAGGAAGCGAAAGACAAAACCUAGAUGUUAUUACGGCGGUGUAAGAGAAUUCUUCGCAGCUCCACCAGACUUUGAAUCUUUAUUUAUCCGUCAUGCUGAAAAGGCCUAA